AGAACGUCAGUGGCUCAAAACAUGUCGUACGUUGUGUUGUCGCGUCAUGGAGUAAUUUUAAAUGGACUCCAGUUAUCUUGCUCGCGAGUGACAUUCAGUUUCCUGAGUAGUGUAAGUGCUGCCAAUUACGAGGCAUCGUUCAGCAUUGACAGAGGGUGCGUAAAAUAUCAGAAAAUUCGAAACGCUAGGUGACAAGGUACGAGUUGUCCGCUUUGGAGUUGCGGGGGGGAGUAUGUGGUGGUGGCAGCACUGGGCUUUAAAUUGGAGAAGGGGAAGAGAGAGCGAGCCUGCGCGACAAGGACGCAUGACGUUAGAAUAACGGAGAGAGGAUAACGUGAGUGAGAUCAUAUCAUAUCGCCGGCGCUAAGGCGUGAGAAAGAAAGAGAGAGGAGUUUCGUUCAGCACCGCGCGAUAGUCCGUGAGAACAAGACAGUCGACCGUUGGAUGGAAGAAGGACGCGAAACGGUGAGAAGGAAGAGUAGAUUCACGAGGGAGAGGCGACGAGUUUGUUUAUCGCCUUGGUGAACGGCGAGAGCAGUCAGUGCGGUGCUACACUUGGCCUGUAGUGGUUGGAGCGAUCGGUAGGUUGGUUCGAAAGUUCGGCUCCGUUUCUUCUGACAACUUACUUCGUGUAGUGCGUGGGUGCCGUCGUGUUUUCUCAUGUCAACGUACGUUUAGCUUAGUUGAAAAAUUUCGUGCCGGAAGAACAUGCCGCGAACCGCUGCCAAAACAUAGUUUCGUUCGUUCGUGUAUCGUUGUGCCAAAAAGAUCGGUGACAUUUCGUGUUGAAAAAGCAAGGUUAGACCGCUGGAGGGAAGCUGCAUCACCGCACGGUUCUACCAAACCAGAUACAUCCAUCAGAAGAGCCGAUGAUCGGUCAGUGUGAUCAAAGUGAUCAAACACAGUGUCGUGUCGCGUCGCGUUUCAAUUAAUCGUAAUUUUGUUUUAAACGUAACACAGUAUCCUUGUUCCUCCUUCUCGUCGUCCGACACGUCGAGAAGUUCACGGCGAUGUUCGAAAAUAAUUAAAUUAAUGAAAAAUCGCGUUUCUGUCGUUGUAUUCUUAUCGUUAGUGUUCGAUCGCGAACGGUGAACAUCGGUGUUUAGGUAUUUGUCUCUCUUUUAUCGUCCUAUUUGAUCGUCGACGAGAUGAUCGUCCAAACGAGCACGUUGUGCGUGUUGGUGUUGCUGAUCGGUGCCUUAGUGAAGUCAAAAGCCGAACCACGAUCACGAUCAUCGCCGAUUUACACCAAUCAGUUUGCGGUCCAUGUGCCGGAUGGUCUGGACGCUGCAUCCGAGAUCGCCGAGAGACACGGGUUCGACAACUACGGACAGAUUGGUGCGCUGAAGGAAUACUUCCUGUUCGCCGACAAACGACUUCACAAACGAUCCCUUUCCAACAGCGAGUCGCAUCACAAGACGCUAAGAGAUGAGCCGCGGGUGCGAUGGUUCCAACAACAGCACGAAAAGAAACGCAAGAAGAGGGACUUUGUGCCCACCUCGUUCUCUUUCGCCGAUUAUCCGGCGUUUUUCGAUGAAUUUGGUCCACGUCCUAGGCAGACCACGUUCCAUCGACAAAGGAAUAGAGGCGUACCUCUUCAGAACCUGUUCACGGAUCCGCUCUUUAAGGAACAGUGGUACCUGAAUGGCGGCGCUAAGGAUGGCUUCGAUAUGAAUCUUGGCCCGGCUUGGCAGAAGGGUUACACAGGCAAGGGUGUAGUCGUGUCGAUCCUCGACGACGGCAUACAAACGAAUCAUCCGGACUUGGCGUUAAAUUACGAUCACCAGGCCAGCACGGACAUCAACGACAACGACAACGAUCCGAUGCCAAGGGACAACGGUGACAACAAGCAUGGAACACGAUGCGCUGGCGAGGUCGCAGCGGUUGCUUUCAACCAAUAUUGCGGUGUCGGGGUCGCCUAUAAUGCCAGCAUAGGAGGCGUGCGAAUGCUCGAUGGCCCGGUAAACGAUGCUGUCGAAGCUAGAGCACUCGGAUUGAAUCCUGAUCACAUCGAUAUAUACAGUGCAUCCUGGGGCCCCGAGGACGAUGGGAAAACCGUCGAUGGUCCUGGCCCUCUUGCCAGGAGGGCGUUUAUUUAUGGCGUAACCAGCGGUCGCAAAGGCAAAGGAUCGAUCUUCGUGUGGGCAUCGGGCAACGGUGGCCGUCACACGGACUCUUGCAACUGCGACGGCUAUACAAACAGUAUUUUCACCUUGUCCAUAUCGAGCGCGACCCAGGGCGGUUACAAGCCCUGGUAUCUCGAGGAAUGUAGCUCGACGUUAGCCUCCACUUACUCGUCCGGCACGCCCGGCAACGACAAGAGCGUCGCGACGGUGGAUAUGGACGCGAAACUAAGGCCAGAUCAUAUUUGCACGGUCGAACACACGGGAACAUCGGCAUCGGCACCGUUGGCAGCCGGUAUUGCCGCCCUCGCCCUCGAAGCUAAUCCGAGCCUCACGUGGAGAGACAUGCAGUACCUGGUGGUGCUUACAUCCAGGUCGAUACCACUCGAGAAGGAACCUGGCUGGAUACUGAACGGUGUAAAGAGAAAGGUCUCCCACAAAUUCGGUUAUGGCCUCAUGGAUGCCGGCGCUAUGGUUAGCCUGGCCGAACAAUGGACCAACGUGCCGCCUCAACAUAUCUGCAAGUCCGAUGAGAUCAACGAGGAGAGACGUAUCGACCCGACCUACGGUUACACGCUAAGCGUCUCCAUGGACGUUAGCGGCUGUGCUGGCUCCUUGAACGAGGUUCGCUUCCUCGAGCACGUGCAGUGUAAGGUUUCAUUAAGGUUCUUCCCUCGAGGAAAUCUGCGAUUGCUGUUGACAUCUCCGAUGGGUACCACGUCGACUUUACUGUUCGAAAGGCCACGGGACGUUCUUAGCUCGAGUUUCGACGACUGGCCUUUUCUCAGCGUCCACUUCUGGGGUGAAAAGGCGGAUGGUCGGUGGACUCUGCAGAUCAUUAACGCCGGUAACCGGCACGUCAAUUCCCCAGGAAUCUUAAAGAAGUGGCAGCUGAUAUUUUACGGAACUGCAGCCAACCCGAUCCGGAUACGGACACGUCAAUUUAACCCGGUACAAGCCCAUUCUUCGUACGCCUCCGUGCAUUAUCCAUAUCCUGUAGACGAUGAUCCAUCGGGCCAUCGCGGCGACGUCGACUUCUUUCCUUCGUCUACCUUUCAGGGCUACCAGGGCCCGUACGUUGGUUCCGCCUCCAACAUCCAAGCAUCGGUGGCCACGUUGGAUGGUUCAUCGGCGCCUAUCCUGACCAAUCGUCUACCUGGGGACACGUCCUCGUCUUACGACUCGCCCUCGUCCUUGUCCCAAGUCGGGGACGAGUCAUUGGACACCACUAGAAAGAUCCUUCACGACUGUGAUCCUCAAUGCGAUUCUCAGGGCUGCUAUGGGAAAGGACCCACCCAGUGUGUUGCGUGUAAAAAUUAUCGUCUCGACAACACAUGCGUGAGUCGAUGCCCACCGAGGAGUUUUCCAAACCAGGGUGGCGUUUGUUGGCCUUGUCACGAGUCCUGCGAAAUUUGUGCCGGGGCUGGUCAGGAUUCUUGCCUUUCCUGUGCACCUGCUCAUCUUCGGGUCACCGACUUGGCUGUUUGCCUGCAACAAUGCCCUGAAGGAUAUUACGAGAAUACCGAGAACGGUACCUGUGUACCUUGCGAGGCGAACUGUGCCAGUUGCCAGGAUAGGCCGGAUAAAUGUACCAGUUGCGAGCAUCACCUGGUUAUGUACGAAAACAAGUGUUACGCGGCGUGUCCUCUGUAUACCUACGAGACUCAAGAUUACAACUGUGCACCGUGUCAUUCUACCUGCGAAACUUGCAACGGCACCGCUGAAAAUCACUGCAUCUCGUGUCGACCGAGCUUGUUUUCUCUGAACGGCACCUGUCGAGCGUCUUGUCCAGCUGGCUACAGUGCAGACAAGAAGCGUCGAGAAUGCGUGCCAUGCCCCCCAGGAUGUGCCACGUGUGCCACGGCAACCUGCACGAGCUGCAUCGACGGAUGGACCUUGAACAAAGAGGAUCUGUGUGCUCCAGAACACUACGAUCGAUGCGAUACCUCUGAAUAUUUCGACAACGGACACUGUACGACGUGCCAUACCUCGUGCAAGACAUGCGCCGGACCUGCGGAGACCGACUGCAUAUCCUGUCAAAAUUCGUUGCUUCUUCAAGGAAAGCGAUGCGUCUACCAGUGCGACGAUGGCUACUACUCCAUGGCACAGCCUUCGAGGCCAAUCUGCGUACCUUGUUUACAUACCUGCAAAACAUGCGUGUCCCGGUUGAACUGCACCGCCUGCCAGGAUGGCCUGCAACUGCAAAGUGGAGAAUGCAGGUCUUCUUGCGCUCAAGGGUAUUACAGCGAUAGGGGUCAAUGUGCCAAAUGUUACUUAUCCUGCAAGACGUGUUCAGGACCAAGAAGGGAUCAGUGCGUAACUUGUCCUCGAGGUUGGCAACUAGCAGCAGGAGAGUGUCAUCCGGAGUGUCCCGAAGGGUUCUUCAAAUCCAACUUCGGUUGUCAGAAGUGUCAUCACUAUUGUCGCACGUGCAAAGGGGAAGGGCCAUUAGAAUGUACCUCUUGUCCUCCUCAUUCGAUGCUGGAGGGUGGUUUGUGCAUGGAGUGCCUUGGGGCACAGUACUACGAUCCUCUGACGCAACUUUGCAAGAACUGUCACACCGAAUGCCGAAGAUGUACGGGUCCUGGUAAAUUCAGUUGCGCGGCAUGCUCGCCGCCAUUACACUUGGACAAACUGAAUAAUCAGUGCGUACCCUGUUGCACCGGUAACGAGAAAGGAGCUCAGGCUGAAGAAUGUUGCCUCUGUGACCCAGAAACUGGUGGCUGCAGGAACAGCUCACCGGCAGGUAAAAGGAGAGUACCAGGCACAGAAUUCACCUCGGCUGACACGGCUAUGUCUGAAAUGUAUGCAAAUUAUGAAGGGACAGCGAAUAAAAAUGAUUCAACUACACUGGCGAUAACAGCAACUACAACCAUAGCUGUUGCUAUUUGUCUAGUGUCAGUGGCUUUGUUUGCCACCAUAUUCAUUGCACUUCAGGCUAUGUCGAGCAGAAGAGAAACGAACAAGGGUUACACGCAGUUGGCCAUGAGGGUGGAACCACCGGACGACGUGGACGUUGACGACACAACGGAGCUGAUGACCUAGAUACCCUUGCCAAGCAACGACAGAAACCUCUCGUCGAAGAGUUUAAUGAAAGUCGUUCAAUUUCGACAUCACGAUGAAAUUUAUCGGUGUGUUCGUGCGGCGUUAGGAAAAAAACGUGGUGGUCGGAAUCGAUAACCGCCGCGGUUCCAGUUAAAAGAACAAAGUGGUCCCAGACGAAGAGGAAGAAAAGUAAAGAAAAACGAAGAAAAGACACAAAAAAAAGUAAAAAUAGAAAGAACAAAAUAUUAAAUAUUCGUUGAAAGGAGAAGGAAUGACGAGGGAACAGUGGUGAAGAGAUAAAGAAUGGGGACAAAGGAACAAGAGGAAUUCGUUCAAAACGUGAUAGUAAAGACACCAUUUUUUUUUUUUUCUUUUUUUAAAGCGCACUGUACGGAGAAAGUGUGACUGUUGUUCACUUAUAUAAUUGACAGUGCGAUCGCGUGCUCGUUGUCGUGAGUGUGACGGUGAACGAGGUGUUUAGGUAUGUAUAUUAUCAUUUUUUUUUUUUUUUUUUUUUUUUUUUUUUUCGAACGGUCAGGCGCGUCGAGAGCACAUGAGACCAGUGUGUAAAUGUCGAAAUAACUUUUAAACGGAAGUACGAUUCACGUGUGAACACGAAAAGGGUGACGGACAUUAUAAAGUGCCUGGUUUACAACGCCCUUCGCAACACCGAUUCGUCUACCCUUUUUUAUUGCCUUCUAUCCUGAACGCUGUCUAACAAAACGUAAUUGAUUAUGAAUUUGAAAAAUUGACGGGAAGGAAGUAUACGCGAGCGAGUCGAAUAUUAUUAAAAAGAAAGGAAAGGAAUUUUAUUUUUGAGACGUUUCUAAGGAGCAUUAGAAUUCGCUUGCUCAAUAACGAAGGGUACUGCGCAUUCAUUUAAAUUAUGGACCAGUUAAACGUAAUCAGAGAUGUACAUAUUUUAAAAUAUUACAAAAAUGUUUAUCGUCAAGGAUAGCAGGUUAAGGAAAAAAGGGGAGGCAAAGGAAGUCAAUAGACGAAUGAAAAAAUAAGGAAACAAUAGCAAUGUAAAAAAAAAAAAAAAAAGAAGGAAGAAGGAGAUUUGUUAAAUGAUUUCUGGACGAUCCGGCGUGUGUAUCAGUCAUUCCGUCGUUAACGAACAGCCAAACGCAUUUCUUUUGUAACUGUUUCUUGUUAUUGCUACAUCGUCUAUGUAUUUCGUUUUGUUUAUAUGGACACCUUGUACGUUUUUAUUUCUGCGAGUUAUUUCCGCUUCGUUUUAUUCGUUUUAUCGUGCAAAGAGAACGACCACAUUGUGGGUGUAUCGCACCGAGAAACUUUAUUUCUUCUUUUCCCCUUUGAGGAUACAAAACAGAAAGAGAAAUGUAAUAAUAAUAAUAAUAAUAAUAAUAAUAGUGGGAAGAACACACGAAACAGUCCUCGGUAAAUCGGUAACUUUAAUAGCUACUGUCCGCGCCUACCGUGUGAAUAUUGAAUUUCUCCUCGUGAUUUGAUAUAAAGCUAUUAUUGUACUUUUAUGAUGAACGCGAUUAUAAAUAUAUACAUAUACAUAUUAA